UUAUAAGGUACAAAUACAUACCUCACAAUUUGAAUCAACGUGCCGAGCAACUAAAACCACACUUUUAGUAUUCGAAACAUCUGUUGUUUCGUCAACUAUUAAAGAAAACUUGUUUUUCCUUAAUACCAAAAAAAUUGCUCACUCGCCUGCUUAGCAAUGUACUUCAUAACUUGCAUUGCUUUUGUUCUUCCACAUUUAACCACUUUUGUAAUUGCGGGGUCCGGGCAGCACUCUACUAGCAGUCCAGGAAGGUUGUCCAUUAAGGAAAAUGGUAAAUUAUGUGUUAUGCAGGACAUCACCAUGCUAAGUUCCGCAUUUUGAACUUCCUGCUGUCGAUUUUGUUGGUCGGUGCUAAAAAAAUUUUCCAAUUGAAGUUUUUUUUACGCGUUUCUAAAUUGCAUAUUAGAAGUUUGUUCAAGCUCUUUCAGAUGACUAGAGUGAUUAGCGAGUGGCUUUGCGCAGGCUACACAAAACGCCGAACCAUUUUGCUCGCGUAACCAUUUAAAUGAUUGUAGCCAUUCAGUUAUAAAUUUACGUUUUUCACUUGCCUGUCUCGAUUCGCUAAAAAUGCAAAAAAAAUCGCUUUUGAAUAAACUACCAUGACAAGCAUACAUACGAAAAAUACCAUACUGACAAAUUUUCGGUACUUACUCAGAAGAAACUUCCUCAUUGUUGUUGCUUUCACACUCUGGGCGUGUUUGCCUUUUAAUAAAUCUGUCCGUACAAAGGAAUUUGCGUAUAAAUUAAUUAUUACUACAUUAAUCUAUUUAAAAAAAAAAAAAUUUAUGGAGCAAUCUCUUCUUUAUUUCACAACUCUCAAAUUUGAUCUGCUCUUUACAAAAUUUCUUAAAGCUAACUUAGCCUAUGCAUUCCCUCAUUCACGCGGAAUGUCGCUUGUUGCCGUUCACACGGUUUAUUGCAGACAUAGCGUCAGCGAAAAGAUCGAGGAACGGAAACGCGUGUAGUGGAUGAACUUUCAGCAUAAGAAAGUAGCGUUAACUUAUUUAGCGUAAAGCUUUUUUAUACAUAUUGAUGAUUUAGGAUUCAAUUAUUUUUAUAAGAUUCAAUUAUCACUGAUUUGUAUAUUUCUCAAUUUUUACAGCAGCAGAUUUUCUUUUAUUAAGGGGGAGCCUGCUUUAGAGGCUCCAAAAAAUCGAUUUUUUCGUGGAUUUUUUUGGGAAGGAAAGAAAUAUUCCAUUGAAACGAAACUUUCAGGUUUUAUUGUUAUAUAUUUCAACAGUCUUCUCAAAUUUUUUCAUUAAAAUAUAUGUCAUAUUAUGCCUGGUACAAGCAUUUUGCCGAGGCGCCUCGAGUCUGCAUGUGUCGUGCGGCGGGAAAGAUGCAGGUCGCAAUUUUCAUCUGAAACCAAAAACCCAAAAAAAAAUUUAUUGUAGUAUAGUAUAGCUUCUAAUUAAACCAAGAAAUUUAAUCAAAAAGUGAGAAAUUCUACAAUUUUUGCUAAUUAAAAAAAAAUCAUUUUUUUGCAAAACAAAUUCACUUUAGAUAAUAACGUUGAAUCAGCGCAAUUAUUUUUAUCGCAUUUGACUAAGCAAUUUAUGUGGUUUACAUACCAACCAGCUAACAGAAAGAGACAAUACAUACAUGAAUAUUUAAAUGUACUAAAGUGAUGAAAUGCAGCAAAUCAUAGAUGAUUUCUGAGUAUAAAACUUAAAAACUUAAAAAGUAGCCACUUUACAUCAAUAGAUUUUCGCAUCAAGCCUGUAAUUUCGGGGAAGCUUAAAACCGACCAAAUGUUAAGUCGUCCGACCAUCCGACCAACGGAAAAAAAUCCGACCAGAUUUGAUCGGAACCGACCAAAACGGCAAAGCUGUAUGUAUGUUUAUCAUAAUGCCGCAUUGCUUCGCAAAGCAAGUUGCAAAAUGGAUUUAAGUAUGAUUCCAUAUAAGUUGUUGUUCGGCCAAUGGUGAAUUGAGUUAGUCCCUUUGGUGAUUUCACAAAUGAUUCAAGUAAAACUGAUUUUCACUAAAACGGCACUUGUUCACUACUUGAAUCUAACUGAUUUAUUGAAAUUAUAAUUUCUAUUUCUAUCCUUUGUAUUAGUUAGCAGAGGAGUGCAGUUAGCGUGGAAGUACUUUGGUUCGCAGAACUGCAAGAGCGUUAGUUAUUAGGUGCGCUUGUUUGGCUAUUUGCUUAUUUUUUAUUUAUUUAUUUAUUUAUUUAUUUUAUCUAGAACCACUUAACUCGUUUAUUAUUGUAAUUGAUUAAUAUUUGAAAAAAAAAAAAAUGAUAAAAUAAAACUUAAGCAUGUAUUAGCUUAGUGCGCGUUACUCUUCGACUGACUCUAACUCUUAUUUUACUCCUCUCGUGAAGUCAAGUCUUAUAUUACGUUUCCACCAAAAGCAAACACCGUGUUUGCAGGAGUUGUGUUUGGGAGAACUGUCAACUGUUUCCACCGGAAGUUUGGGAGAAGUGGUAUUUGAACUGUCUUUUGUUGACAUUGUGAAAUAAAAAUUAUAAAAAUUGAUAGAAUUAUAAAAUGGUGCAUAAAAUUCAAUUUGUUAUGUUGAUUUUAUCAUUUUAUUUUAAAAUAAUUGAUAGUGAGUUGAUCACAUAUUACUUAAAAAAAGGUUAAGAGAAAAUAAAAUAAUUUUAAGUGUUCCUGUCAAUUUAAUGCGUUCGCAAAGUGUAUGGUCUUUGGUAUGGUAAACAGAUUUAUGAUAAAUUAUUUGUGUAUAAUGUACAUUUAUAUUUUAGGAACAUUCCAGUACCUUUUGGGAAGUAGACUGCCAGAGUAAUUAGGACAAGUUUUUCAAAGAUAAUUUCCGAAUGGAAAGAUCUUGCUUUGAAAAAUUGUGUAGCAAACUUGAAAAAAUAGCCAAAAGAAAAACGAACUAACGAAACCCGAUUUCACUAAAAAAGCGCGUGGCAAUUGCUCUGUAUGCACUAGGAUCUUCUAGUGAAUACAGAUCAAUUGGACAUUUGUUUGGAGUAGGCAAAGCAACUGUUUGCAAAAUACUGAUCGAGUUUUGCAAUGAAGUUGGGACAUCUUUGGCUCCAAUAUAUUUGAAAAAUUUUCCACUGACAAGGGCGCAAAUUGAGAAUGGAGUCGCAGAUUUUAAUGCAAUGGGCUAUCCACAAUGUAUUGGAGCAAUAGAUGGAUGUCAUAUUGGAAUUCAUCCAAGAAAGGAAGAAGCCAUUGAUUACUACAACUACAAAGGGUGGUAUUCCGUAGUACUAUUGGCUUUGGUAGACGCAAAAUAUAGAUUUGUUUAUAUACAUUGCGGCAGUCCUGGAAGAUGCAACGACUCCGCAAUUUUUGAAAAAUCAUCGCUAAAGCGCGAGUUGCAAAGUUGUGGACUUCUUGAUGAUCUCAGCAUUUAAUGAAGCCAAAUCCGCAUAGUGUGACCAACACACCCGAACAAAAAAAAUUCAACUAUAGAUUGUCUAAGUGCCGGCGUGUUGUGGAAAAUGCUUUUGGCCAUUUAAAAGCCCGGUUCUAUUUUAGAUUUAGGAGAAUUGGAAAAGGCGUGGAUAACCACAUCAAAAAUGUAAACACAGUUAUUUCAUGUGCAUGUGUGUUACAUAAUUUUUUGAUUGCUGAGAAGGAUUUAAUUUUGGAAAAUUGGCUAGUGGAAAUGCAUCGCGAUUCCAGGCGCAAUAUUCAAUACGGCACCAAUGCAGUUGACCGAUCCGAAGGAGAAUCGAUAAGAAAUGCGUUAAAGGAAUAUUUCAGUGCGGAAGCUUCGUUCAGUGCUGGAGACGAUGGUGGCGAAAAUGAAGCAGACGGAGCAGCUGAAAGUGAGGAGCAUGAAGGUGAAUCCGACGAUAUUGGCGAAAGUGAUGGAGCUGGCGAAGCAACCGAAUCGGGCGUGCCUACAUAUAUAAAUAGAAAUUAACAUUAUAAAAUUAGAUGUAAAUACAAAUAAAAUUACAUGUAUAAAUACAAAAAAAAUACCUGUUAUACUAUCCACAACGACCGCAUCAACAUUAUUUAUUCUAUCGCUUCCUAUUACCUGGUGAACCCUCUGGUAGUGCUUCCAAGAAACAGGAGAACAUCCUGUCCCUUGCUCUGCUUUGCAUUUUCUGCAAAGGUAAUUUUGAGGCUUUAACAAAAUUACUUUAAUGAAAUAAUAUAUUAUAUGCCUUACCUAUAUUUCAUUGUGAAAUUGUGUAUUUUGUAUUUUAUGUCAAUUGGACGGACCUCAUGUCCAAGAACUCCCAGCGACUGAGCCAUCUCCGCAUAUAUAUGUGAGUUCUUUCGUGGACCUCGCAAUUCAGCUGCCUUCUAACCCCAUAUAUCCAGAAAUGCUUCGUCCGCAGUAGGAAGCCAAAUAGUUUUUGAUUUUUUAUGGUUUCCCAUUAACAUCAAUAACUUUAAUUUUAUUUUUUGCGUGCACAAACGCUUACCACACGAAAAAUAUUAAACGUCAAUCAAAUGUCAUAUUGAAAAAUUGCAAUCAUUGUUGCCAUGUUUCGAUAAGAAUGCAAUAAUAAAUGAGGAAAAUGAACAACAUUGCCACCACUUAAUAAACACACUUUGAAAAAUGGGUUAAGGUAUGGAGUUGUGUUUUAAUUUUGUAUUGGAUUUGACAGGUGUUUUGUUUGGUGUUUGCGCUAAUAACACGAUAGCGGCAGAGAACCCAAACUCCGGCUGCGGUGGAAACGUAAUAUUAGUAGUUUUGUCACUUCACUUCCACAUAUACGUAUAGAUAAUCAAAGAAAAACUAAGUAACCAGCUACUUUAAAUAUGAUUUGCUGUAUCACAAUUAUAAUUUUAAUUGCCAAUUUAGAUUUAAGUAUUUAGUUUUUAUCACGGGAAAAACACACGUGUCGCACCGGUGCUAACAGCGUCACAAAGUAGAGAAAGAGCAACAACAAAAAAGGA